UAGAGAUUAGUCUUGCUCCUGCUGUAGGCGUAAAGUUUGUUAUGGAUACGAAAAUAGGUUACACAAUGAGCGGAUGCCGCAACCAUCGCCAGAGCUAAAGUGUCAAGCACCUUAAUGUAAACAUGUGCAGAUUUUCCACGAGAGAACUGUCAGUUAUGAAUUGUCAAAUUCGCAUGAGAGCGAAAGGGAAAGGUGCGAAAGACGAGGCAGGAAACAGAGAACCCACGGAAACGGGUGGUGUGAGCGAAAACGAGAAAAGCUGAAAAGUCCAUCAAAAGCAGGCACGAAAAAGCAGUCCAAGAGGCUUAAGGAAAUCGUGAGGAAAAAAUGAAUGUUUUGUGAAAAGAAAGGAUCGUCGUGAAGCUGCUGUACGUCACGUUCGGUAGUGCGUAUCCAACACCGUGUGCAAAAGUGCGUUAAAUGCUUCUGUAUUCAAGCAAGGAUACAGAGUGAUGAUGCUGUACACAUAGUGGCCACAAGGAUUCUGUCUCUGUUGUUGUUGCUGUUGUCCGAAUGCUCCUAUUCGGCAGACGAAGCAAUCGACGAGAAAUUUACAUUACUUCGUUUACUUGAACUGCUAGUGUCUUCUGGAAAGGUCCGUGAUACUUGCACAUAUCCGAAACAGCAGUAUUUUGAGAGGCAAGAAAGCGACUGCGGUAACGCUAUUGUAGGCAGUAGCACUAGGCGGAUUCCACAAUCAUUAUUGCAUCCUACACUGUCGCCAGUGCAGGAGCAGCAGACUCAGCAACAGCAGAUCGGUGGAAGAAAUAUUUCUUAUGUAAGCUGUUCAAUGUAAAAAAGUGUCUCUACCCACACAUUGCGAUCCAAAGAGUGCGAUUCCCAUAAUCGCUUGCUGGGUGAAUGCAUCAACAAGCAGUCGCUGUCGGUGGUGGCAAAGAGCACAAUGCAAAGUCUGGAAACAACAGCAUGCCAAGAAGCCGACUUUAUGCUAAAUGAUGCUUACUGCAAGCUGAGGAAAUCCCCCGCACGGCAAUCGUCCCUGAUGAUUGAUCCUCCACCGCAGUAUCCCAAUCUACCCAGUCCCCUUCUUAACGACAGCACGCCGCUAUUCAAUACCUCGUCAUCCGGCAACAGUCCUAACCCUGGCUCACCAUUGACGACUUUCGCCUCUCUAAGCGCCGGGCAUCACUCCACUUCGCCGCCGGCGACGUUACUAGCAUCACCUUCACCGUCAUCCUCACCGACCACCAGAACGACGACGGCGACGACCACAACGACAACAACGAUUACACCUACUACACCUACGGGCAGCAGCUCGAACCGCUCAUCUUCAGCAGCUCUCAAUCAUCAUCCACACGUAGAAAAGCGUUUAGCAUCAGAUGCGUCAUGCUACGGGAGUGGAACUCCUUCGAAAAAAACAAAGCUUUCUUCCUCGACGUCGUCGUCCGCAUCCUCUUUUCACGUUUACACGGCAUCAACCUCGUCGUCUUCCGUCCUAUAUCGUCAGCACCAAUACCAUCACAACUAUAACAGUGGUGAAGAUGCGGGCAGCGGCAAUGGAGUCACUAUGGCCAGCGGGGUACUGCAACCAUCGCGAACUGUCGAUGGCCUCCUGUGCACUUCCUCGCCAACAUCAGGCGGUACUACGGGGCAUGGAGGCACACACGAGAGAUUAAACAUACAUGACAAGCUUAGGGAAUUAUUUCUGGAACUUCUUGCGGAGGAUUCUAGUGAAAGUGACCGACUAAGUCUAAGGAGUACAUCUUUUUUGCUGGAAAAACUCAUCUUGCGCGAGCAGUUGAACACCCUGAUUGUGAAUCUGUACCCAGGGAAUAAAGGCUACUCCCUAGCAUUUCGACUCGGGUCACAGGAGGAAGGAUGUCGGAAUGUCUCGAAAAGUGGAGCUGCUGCUAGCCUGUCGGGUUUCCCGUCGAUGGGAACAGGAGUAGGGCCACCGUCCGGCAACGAUUCAAUGACGUCGAAUGCUGGUGAUCUCAAUAGUGAAAACCUGCAGGAAACCAUCCGAUGGCCAUAUGAGGAAGAGGAUUUGCUAGAAUCCAUCGAUCGAGAGGAACUGCCGUUGGUGUUAGUGGAUAUAUUGGAGAGCAAGUGUCCGGCACUGUUUUACUGCGGUUGUGUGGUGGCGGAGGUUCGCGACUACCGACAAUCGUUUCCUAUUUUUACCUGUGAUACUUUCCAUGUGUUGCUGAAACCCACCAAUCAGACAUUGUUGGCCGAUGUGAAUAUUCUGACUGCUGAGGGAGAGUGGAGUGCUGAGGAUAAGCUGGCAUUGGAAAGUCAGCUUGUACUGGCAACUGCGGAACCGUUAUGUCUUGAUCCAAAUCCGGCAGUCGGGAUGAUGGCUAUUAACCAGCAACAUCGAAGACAAUUGCUCAACACAGCUCCAAUCCGGCGACAGGCGAAAAAGUUCUCUCAGGUCGCAGUCAACCGGAAGAGGAAAACCGAUCAGUUUACACACAACUUUGGGCUGGAACUUAGCGAUUUUAUGAAUAAGUACCGGGCGCGUCCUCCCCGCCAACAGAGCAUCCGGCGUGGUGUGGUAAGCUUCACUUUACCUAAAAAGCCUUCCGAGGUGGUGCCGACUGUGAACCUACCCAACCUGGAGCUGCCCGAACUGGCCUCACCCUCUGAAGUAAACGUAGAGAAGUAUGCCCGCAAAUAUGAGGCUCCCAAGGAAAGUCGCGAUUGUAUACCGCAACUGAUCGAAGAAUACAUUUUGGAAACAGACCGUGUUGUAAAUCGGGGCGAUACAAGAGUGUAUCACAUUAAGCUGUCCAUAUUUCAGCGGCCAUCCAAUUCGGAAUAUCUUGGUGAACUGUAUGUCGAUCGAGACUAUCGCGAGAACGAACGAAAUGGCGAAGCAUGUCAAUUUUCGCUCGGAACCCGUGCUCAUGCCCAUCGGUAUAUUCAACAAUUUACGGAAAUAUUUACUGAAGAAGGUAGAAAAUCUGUCAAAAUAACCCAUCUUGUACCGGGACAGAUUCCCAAGGUGUUGCACACAGCUGGUAUGCGAGAACAAAACGUUCAACAGCAACAGUUACAACAGCAACAGCAGCAGCAGCAGUUGCAACAACAUCAGCAACAGCAAUUACAACAACAGCAACAACAGGUGUUACAGCAACAACAACUUCAGCAGCAACAACAACAGCAGCAACAGCAGCAACAGCAGCAGCACCAACAGCAGCAGCACCAACAGCAGCAGCAACAGCAACAGCAACAGCAACAGCAACAGCAACAGCAACAGCAACAGCAACAGCAACAGCAGCAACAACAGCAGCAACAACAACAGCAGCAAUCGCUAGUUCAACAACAAAUAUCUCAAAUUCAACAACGGUUGCAAUCACACCCAACGCAAGCAUUGCUUACCCGGUUACAGGCGACCAAUCCAGCUUUGGCAUCACAAAUAGCGACAGCAACGGGAGUCAAUGGCAGCAUCACACUGAAUGCAACGAAUCCUAACACACUUCCAGGCAAUCAGUCGCAGCAGUCGCAAACUACUUCGAGUCCAUCGGCUACCGUUCAUCAGACCUUGUCGCACCAGCAGCUUAUAUCGACAGCGACUGCUGGUCCAAAUAUUAUAAGUAUUGGUUCAACAGCGUCAGCUACGCAACCAUUACACUCACCAGUUCAGCAGGCUGCGCAAACGCACAUCCAUAUUCAACCGCAACAUUUAAUAGCUAGUACUGGCCACCAACAGCAAAUGUUUAACACGAACACCUGUGAUACAAGCAACGAUUCGACCAACAUCGUAAACACUGGUGCAGGCACAACAGCUAACAACAUAGCGGCUUCACAAGGGACAACUAUUACGCUUCAAACUCAACCAUCGUCACAGCAGCAGCCACAGCAGCAAUUGCAACCAAAUCAACAACCACAGCAAACGCUCAGUCUGAGCAAUGGAUCGUUGCUUCUCGUGCAACCUUCUGGUCAAAUAUCGAAUCUUACAAUGACCACCAAUGCUGCCGGACAACAGCAACUUUUAGCCACUGCUGCCGGAGCAGGUGGAAAUGCAGUGACCGGAGCGCAAAGUUUCACAUUCUCAUCAGGUGGACAAACAGCUACAAUAAUAAAUCAAGCCGGUGCUCGAACAAUUGGCAACACCGUUCCGCUGCUCGUUCGCCUGGACAACACAAAGGUGUCACGGGAUGCUUCGGGAAAUUUGAUUUCCGCUCUAUCCCAGCAAACAACAUCUGCCGGUCAUGUACAACUUCAAACACAACAGCAGAAUGUGGUACAAAUUCAGCAACCGCAGCAGUUAACGCAACACACACAGCAAUUGCAAAAUCAGUCCAGCUCGAUCCACACAACAAAUCCUGAGAUCAAGGCAAUUGCUAUAAGCAUAAUGAAUUCAGCCAAUCAAUUUACCAACCGGCAGCAGCAGCAACAACAGCAACAAUCCAGUGCAAAAUCGAAUAGUAAUGCAGCAAUUCUUAGCCUCUUGAACAGCGCACCAGCAGCGAUGACCAAUUCACCGGUAUUGAGCAGUAGUCUCACGCUACCAGCUGGCAAAACAGUAACAGAAUUGCAACAACAGCAGCUACAGCAUCAACAACAACAACAGCAGCAGCAACCGCAGCAGCAACAGCAGCAGCAGCAGCAGCAACAGCAACAGCAACAGCAACAGCAGCAGCAGCAGCAACAGCAGCAGCAACAGCAACAGCAGCAGCAUCAGCAGCAACAGCAGCAACAGCAGCAACAGCAGCAGCAACAGCAGCAGCAGCAGCAACAGCAGCAACCGCAACAACAACAGCAACAGCAGCAGCAACAACAACAACCGCAACAUACCAUACAUCAUCUUCAAACAGCAGGGGUAGGCACAACAACAACGAUUAGUGGAAGUACCGCUGCAGCCCUUUUUAACAGUGUGGGAGGCAGAAAAAUAAACAUUCAACAAGCGCAAGGCUCUCAAAACCGUAUCCUCAACCAUGCCAAUCUCAUCACUGUCAGUGGCGGUACCGGAACCAGCAAUCAAACGCAGCUCAUCAAUAUUCAAACAAGCGAUUUGCAACAUCACCAACAGCAACAUCAAUCUGGACAAACAUCAGUUCAAUCAAUGGGGCCACAGCAACAGCAACAGCAGCAGCAACAAACGCAACAACCGGGAAAUAUACGCGUUACUAUGUCUGCAUUAGCUACGCAAUUGGCAUCUCCACCCGCCAUCUUAACUACUUCCAAUCUGCCGCAGAGCUUCAAUGUUGCUGCUGCAGCUGCUGCAACAUCUAGUGGCAAUGCUUCCGGUACUACAGUUUCCACCCAAAACACUGGUUCGUUUAGUGGUGGUAACUCUUCUAGCAGUAAAUUGAUAAUAAACAACGCCAAUCAGCGUGUGUUGAACAUCAAUACCAACGCUGCGACAGCCACCUCAACAGCCGCUGUUGUUGCUGCCGCUUUCGGAGGAGCAAUUCGACGGGUCAGUGCGACUGGCAACCCUGCGACGGGUACUGAUGGUGGCAUACAGCUUCAAAUUCAGGGACUCACUGCCACUCAAAGCUCGGCAAACCUUUCUGCAGGUGGAAAUAUAAGCAAUAUUACUAGCGUCACAUCAGAAAGUGGAUUGCGCCGUACAGCUGUGUCCGACCAGCUUCAGAUACAGAGCAUUGCUUCGCCCGGUAGUGAUCACUCCAAUGCAUCGUCCACUUCACUUGCCAGCAAUGGAGGCGGUGCUGGUAGUAGUGUAGGUACAUUGAAUGGUGCUAAUGCAAAUAGCAUCAUCUUUAACAACAUGACCGGCUUAAGCGCCUCGCUCGCAAAUACAGCCAGUUCUGGUGUAACGCAACCCACACUAGCUACCGGUGCCAGUGACAAUGGAGAUGGGACCAUGCAGAACCCUGUAUCCGUGGUUGGGGCAACGACCGUCGUCGGGCUAGGUGGAUUAUCAAGCAACUCUAAUAACAGCAACAACAUUGCCAGUAGCAGUAGCAGCAACGCUACCGUGUGCGGCAAUAGUUCUACAAACUCAGCAUUAAUCGAAAGACUGACUUCAUCUAGUAGCUUAAAUCUAACUAGUAAUAGUAACCUGCCGGCGGCGAGUCCCGGAUUGCAGUUUACCAUCCCAUCGCCAAAAACGCCUCAACAGCAAUCUCAAACGCAUCUCCAGAUACAAUCACCCGCAGGCUCGAUAUCGCCCCUCUCUAGUCCUCCACCACAGUCCUCCACCAUCCAUCCUCAGCAGCAGCACCAACAGCUUCAGCAGCAUCAAUCCCAGCAAUCACAGCACGGCCAGGUGCAGCCGCAAGCUGGAACGCAACAGCAGCAACCUACCACAGUCAAUUUGCAAGGCUUGAACUUUGCCAGCCUACAUGGCGCAAUGACUUCCAUCCCUGGAUUGCAAAAUGUGCAGGUACAAAUUCCGGGACUUGCGCAACCUAUUUCUUUGUCCCUAUCAUCAACACCAUCUGGAGGUGCCACGAGCGUAUUGAACAAUACGGCUGCUAACAACGCAGGUCAAACAACUAGCUUGCUAGUGUCUGUCCCAGUGACUAACACAACACAGGUUGUGAACACCAUCAACGCCAGUGGUACUAGCAACAUACUCUCUGGCAACUCGCAGACGACGCAAACGGUUGUUCUUACAAAUCCACAGACGAGUGGAUCUAGUCUACUCUCUCUUCCAAUUGCUCAAAUUGUAACUUCCGGUAUGAAAGGGCUUGGCCAGCAGAGUAUACGAACCGGCACACCGUUAACUGUAAAUACUGGUCAACCGGGUCAGCAAAUUCAACUGUUGAACAUCAGCCAACGUCCACGUGCUGGACAGCUUCCUGUGGUUAGCUGCACAGGCACCUCUGCGAUGGCAACCAAACAAUUAACGGCGCGGGUGUUACAUCAUCGCCAGCAAAUGGGCACAGCAGGCGGAUCGACAUUGAAAAUAGCAACCCCAAUUACAGCUUCCCAUCAUGCAGGACAACUGGGCAGUAAUUUAAACGUGACUACUAAUACUACGUCUAAUCAAUUGGUCAUGAGUACGAAACAACUACAGCUAAAGCUUCAACAGCAGCAGCAGCAGCAGCAACAGCAACAGCAACAUCAGCAGCAGCAGCAGCAGCAACAUCAGCAGCAACAGCAACAGCAACAGCAACAGCUACAGCAACAGCAGCAACAGCAGCAACAGCAGCAGCAGCAGCAGCAUCAACAACAGCAACAGCAACAGCAACAGCAACAGCAACAGCAACAGCAACAGCAGCAGCAGCAGCAACAGCAACAGCAACAACAACAGCAACAGCAACAGCAACAGCAACAGCAACAGCAACAGCAACAGCAGCAGCAGCAGCAGCAGCAGCAGCAGCAACAGCAACAGCAGCAGCAGCUGCAGAAACAACAACAACCGGCACAGCAAAUAAUAGCUGCUGCUAGUAAUCAACAACAGCCAGGUACGACCCAAAUUCACAUUCAGCAGCAAUCACAACAAACGCCACAAUUGUUACAACAGCAGCAACAACCACAAGCACAACCACAAGCUACUCAGCAGAUAAACAUUAUAAACAACACGGUGUUGACUCCACUAUCGAUGUCAAGCCCGGUGGCAGUGGCGAGUGCAGCAGUGUCCCAAGCGACCGCUCAUCCGAAUAUUAACGCAAUCGCUGCGGCUACUGCAGCUAGCAAACAUAGGAGAAGAUCGGCAGCUGACAUGAAUAAGUAGCAGACGUAUUCGAUAACAGAUGUGAAGCCUAGGUAGGUCUGACACACCCAUCAGAGGUGAUCAAGACGUUGGCAAAACGCUAUUAUAGUUUCACGUAUUGCUAUUAUUAGUUUUACUCCUGUAGCUGAAACACGAAGCGUGGACGUUGGUCGGAGCCUAUGGCGGGCCCCAGUGUGCAGUGCAACUAAGUUAUGCGAAGCAAAGCGAUAUCAGUCAAAUAUUGCCUGUCAUGUUACUGCUCCAACUCCAAAGUUGGUAUUACUGUCUACUUGGUUCCGAUAAAGUGAACAUAAUGGAACAGACAUUUACUGGUUACCGUGCAUGGUUACCGAGAGUAGACUAAAAAGCUAAAAAUGUGUAAAAACAUUACAAUGAGGAGGUUUGUUACACUAAGUGCGCAUACUGAAAAUUUGGUAAAUACUUCAUAACACGGUGCAUGAUGGCCAAAACUCGUCAAAACUCAGUGAGAUGAGGCGUAUUUUUACUCUAAUGUACCUUUUUGUAAUAAGAUUGAUUAAUUUUUACUGCUACUAUAGUUUGUUAUCUUUCCUCGAGUAAAAUUUUAAUUUUAUUUCCGAAGACACAUUCUUACUGAUUUUUUUUCUCAGUACCUGUAGACUUUAGAUCGUGUAAUGAAGUCGAAAGUCAUUGUCUCAACUUUUUAAAAACUCCUUCCGGUUGUGCAUGUCUAUUCAUUUCUUUUUGCAACUGUGUUUGCGAUUCUGUAUCUUCAUAUGCGGAACAAUACGUCGUACAAAUUUAUUUAAAUUGAUGCGUUUUCUGAAAAGUGGGCUGAUAUCACACGUGUUGGUUUGAUGAUACUUCGCGUGUUCUUAAAUUGAUUUGUUUGAUUGAAUGAUCAAAUGGGCUGGUUUGAAAUUUUUGGUAACUCGUAUGGUUGCUUCAACUAGGCAUGAGUAGAGUCAACAGGGGCAAGGAAAAGGCAUCAUCUUAGUCAGAUCGCACUCUGCUAGUCCGAAUUAGAUGUUGAUUAAAGCGAAAUACGUGAUAGGAGUGCGACACAUUUUGUAGACCGUACGUAAGAACCAAAAGUAAAAAUUACCUUGCCGUUAAUGUUAAGACGUAGUCCGAUGCAUAAAUAAAUUAACUGAAAACCAUUCAUCUUAAAAUGCACACGUAGAUAAGUGAAGCUUAACCGAUAUGAUGGUUGGAUGGAUGGUAUCGACAGUAAUUCUGCUACCGAAGUCAGAACCUACUACUAUUGAAAUAGUCUGAUUGGUCGUCAUGGUGGUGUUGGUAACUCCAGUCACGAUACAAACUAACUUAAAGAUUGCAACCGAUAGAGAAGUAGGAAACGGCAGAGAUAUGUGAAUGGGGACGAGCAUAAUCGUGGAUAAUAAUAAUAUGUUGAUAUUGCAUGUACCGAAUGCUACGGGUGAAAGAAGUAGUAACAUAGGCGACACAAACAAAUUGAAAAUUCGUCGGAAACACGUGAAGGUAAUAACAAUUUAAUAUAUUUAAAUAGAAAAUACAAUACUGCGCUGUUAGGCUGACUAGUGAAAGGGCAUUGCAUACCGGGAACACCGAAGAAACCCGAGCAAAAAAGAAAAAGAAGAAGAAAAAGAAGUUAGAUAGACCAUGGAGUAAGGAAUGUUACGAGAGAAAAUUGUAAAAUUUUAGUUUCGAAACGAUGCAAUACAUUUUGCAGUGUGAAAGACAGAACAGCCAGCAACAUGUAGCAGAAAGCUUUGCCGUACUGUAUAGAGGGAAUGUUGACGUUGUGGCAAAUGUAAAGCAGCAGAAUGAAUCCAGGCCUUCCAUAACCGCAGAACCAAUGGGUUUCUGAUCUUUCUGAUAAUUUGCAAAAUUCAAUUGCUUCACAAACGAAGUGACGAGACCGAUAGGCAGCGGCGGUGUAUUGUGUUCAACAUAUCUCAAUAGUAAGCGAGGACACCACACAUGGAUCGACGUUUUUUUUUUGUUGUUUAAGUUGAUUUGGUUACGCAUGCUCAAGCGAGCAUGGUUUGUGUAAUGCACAGCCAGAAUUCAGUUACAAAUAGUAUGACUGAAACUCAAAGCAGCUGGUUUAUUUUUGGUGUAAAUAAAAAUUUGUAUUAUUUAACGAAA